UGGGGAUGAGCAGAGGGGAAAGGAAAAAGAGGGGGUUAUGGAAAGUGCCGUGUUCUCAGGCAAAACAGCCGUGAAUGUGCGCGAGUGCGUCAUCCUCAAACACAUGCAGGACGGGGUGGCAGACCCUGAAGCGCUUUUCGUCACUUGCCACGCGACUCAUCAGAGGGGUAACGUGCACUCACAAUCAUUCCGGGAAAGUGAAUGUGCUGGGUUUUGCGGGGGAAGUGUGGAGAUGAAGAUUAGGAAGGAGAGAAAGGCAAGCAGCGCUAUGAGAAAUACGAAGCAAAACGCAAUAAUAUCCCAUGUAUCCGUCCGAGAACGCAAACUGUUCUCCAACUCCGCCGCUUUGCAAGAAGCUGAGGAAACCGUAGCCAUGCCACCUCUCGCAGAAUCCCAUUUGUUCGAAGAGCACUGCGGCAACGGAGGGGAGGCAGGCGAUGGUUCAGAUGAUAGGAAGGGGAGGCGGAGUGGGAAGGAGGAGAAGAUUGAGACUGUAGGGGGGGAGGUUGAGGCACUGAUUUCGACGGAUGGCGGCAUCUCCUCGAAAGGGGAGGCCGAUAAGGAAGCACGAUUAUACCAUGUCUUCGUCCUCCUGCUGUGCCUUAAGGAAGUCUGGGUCCAGUGGGAAGUCCAUUCGAAGCAGCGUCUUGGGCACACCAAUUCGAAGCAGCGUCUCCGGUAUUCGCGGUGAACAGGCAGAUGCGCUCACCAAGGAUCACCUCACCAGGCACCUCGUACUCUAUCAAGACGAUGUUGCUCAAUCUCGUAU